UAGCCAAACGGGAGAAAAUGGUCGAUUCAGCUUUAGGAUUAUCAGACCUCGGUUUUUAUGACUGGAUAGGUCUUUUAUUCCUCUUAGCAGCAACUGUUUAUUGGUUUGGCGUCUCUGGAUACACUCUAACAAGUCAUGUCUGCCUUCCGGGACCGAAGCCUUGGCCUUACGUCGGAAACCUACUCGAUGCUUCAAAAUAUGAUGGUCUGCACAACGCUUUCUUAGCAUAUACCGAGAAAUAUGGCAAGGUUUUCAAGAUGUACAUGGGCAGAGAUCCCAUUAUAGCCGUUGCCGAUCCUGAAAUUCUGAAGAAUCUUUUGGUUAAGGAUUUUCAUAAGUUCAGGAACAGACCAGAUUUUCUAGCCGGAAGACCACCGCUCAGCAAAGGUUUGUUUGGUGCAAGAGAUAAUGAUUGGAAACGAGUCCGCUCCAUCCUUACACCGACGUUCAGCUCGCUUAAGAUGAAAGAAAUCGUACCUAUAAUCGAAGAAGCAGCUGGAAUUGUGGCGUCAAAGUUCGAAAAUUUAGCAAACGAAGAUAGAAGUGUGGAUGUGUCUACUCCUUUUUCUCAAUUCACCUUGGACGUAAUUCUAUCUGCUGGAUUUGGGCUUAAGUCGGACGUGCAAACCAACCCCGACUCAGAGCUUUUGAAGAAAGCAACAACUGUGUUCAUCGUACCAGUGUAUGUACGAGCACUGUCCAUGUUUCCUUUCUACCGCCAUUUAAGAAAAUUCAUCGACCUUAAUCCUAUCCAGCAUGUGGACUACUUCGAGACACUAGCAAGGGGUAUAAUGAAGAUCCGACGAAAUGGUUCAUCUGGACGCAAGGAUCUUGUCCAGCUCAUGUUAGAGGCGCAAGAAGUGGUCAACAACAAUGAAGUCAAAACUUUGACGGAAGAGGAGAUCGUAGCCCAGUGCAUAACGUUCUUAGUGGCGGGCGCAGAAACAACAGGGUCUACAUUGGCCAUGAUUGCGUACCAUCUCGCUUCUUAUCCAGAGGUUCAAGACAAGCUGCUGCAAGAAAUUGACGAAGCUACACGUACACGUGGUAAUUUGUCAACUUACGAGUUCGUGCAAGGCCUCGAGUAUCUCGAUCGAGUCCUUUCUGAGGUUCUACGAUUGUUUACAGUUGGUUUCGUAAAUGUUCGUGAGUGCAUGGAGAGCUGUGUAAUAAACGGAGUGGAAUUCCCUGCUGGUGUCAGCGUGUAUAUUUUGUCAUACUGUGUCCACCGCGAUCCUCAUUUCUGGCCCGAGCCAGAGAAAUUCGACCCAGACCGUUUUCUUCCAGAAGUGGCUGAAAAGCGCCCGACCUUCUCCUAUUUACCAUUUGGCCUGGGUCCCAAGCAAUGCCUUGGAAUAAGAUUGGCUGAACUCGAAAUAAAGACAGCCAUGGUUCAAAUUUUACGAAAGAUGAAAUUUGAAAGGGGAGUCGAUUCCACUGUCUCUAUUCGGUUGCACGCUUCCACCAUUUUAGGGCCCGUCGAGCCAAUUCGUGUCAAAGUCGUGGCUAGAUCACGUAAUGUGCCUUGAAGUUGCUGUCGUCUCAUAAUGGUUGAUGGAUUUAGAGCAAAAGAGGACAGUUUAUGGACGUUUACCAAAAAGCGAACUAGCGUUUAUGGCGAUCAGAGAGAAAACAUGCAAUAUUAUCAGAAGGGUACCAAAUAUUUCAACUUCAUGCUUAUUUCCGACCGUUAACCACAAAAUUUAGUGACUUGCUAAAACUGCCAUCUCUUUUUUAUUAUUAUUAUAAUCGGCACCGGUCUCAUUUUUUUUUUAUUAUUAUUAUGAUUGUUAUUAAGCCGGCCGAAAGACUCGUAGGAACAUGAAAGACGGAAGGCUUAAAACAUCUAAAUCAGCAUGAACUGAGUCUAGAGUCUGUGUUACACUCGCUCUUGAGUAAGUUGCCCUCCUCACUUAUUCUUGACUGUAAUGACUAUAUUUUAUUCAAAACUUACGUAUCAUACUAUCUUUGGCUCAAAUAUAUAUUUGACAUGUAAA